GCGGCGAUAAGAUAAUUAAGAUGAGUUCGAUUCCGGUGAUCGACUUAAUUUCCGGCGCCGGAAAAGAUCUGAUCGGCGCGUGCGAAGAGUGGGGGUGUUUCAGGAUCGUGAAUUUCCAGGAGAUUCUGGAGGAUUCCUUGCUGCGGGAAAUGAAGGCGGUGGUCCGAUCGCUCCUGGACCUUCCGGCCGCCGUGAAGGCCCGGAACCGCGACAUCAUCGCUGGAAGUGGCUACAUGCCGCCGUCGGAGAUGAACCCUAACUACGAGGCCUUCAGCUUUCACGAUGCGGACAUCGAGGCCUUCUGCUCUAACCUCGAAGCCACCCCUCACCAAAGGGCUACAAUAUUGAAGUAUACUAAAAAAGUGACCGAGGUGAUGAGGGAGAUUGUGCUCAAAAUAGGACAAGGGUUUGGGAUUAAUGAUGUCCCAAACUUAGAUGAUUGGAAUUGCCAAUUUAGAAUCAACAAAUAUAAUUUUAGUUCUGAAAUCGUCGGCGAUUGCGGAAUCCCAUGGCAUACAGACGCGGGUUUUCUUACACUUCUCCAUGAGGAUGAAACCAUCGGAGGCCUCGAGGUAAUGAAGAGGAAUGGUGAAUCCCACGCCGUCGAGCCAUGCCCCGGCGCUAUCCUCUUCAAUCUUGGAGAUACGGCAACGGCAUGGAGCAACGGAAAAUUUUUGAAUGUGAAGCACCGGGUGAUGUGCAAAGAAGCCGGCAUCAGAGUGACAAUUGCUUCGUUCUUGUUAGGGCCAAAGGAGACGAGGAUAGAAGCUCCGCCAGAGUUGAUUGAUCUCGGGCAUCCUCGGAUGUUUGUCCCUUUUACUUACGAAGAACUUAGAAACCUAAGAGUGUCUGAUUACUUAUACAGCGGAGAGGCUCUUAACUACUACUUAAAUAAAUAAUAGAUACAUAAAAUCAUUUUAACAAUAUAUAUAUAUAUUUAUUUAUGUAUACUUGUUUAACAUUGUCACAUUUAAUUUUCAUCAUGUUGGAUGUUUUUGGUAUCGUUGGUUUUAUAUCAUAUUGUUUGCUUGGAUUUUAUUUUGAAUAUAGUUGAUGGGUAUUUUGGAAUAAGUUGUUUUUGUUGAUGAGAG